GGGUGGAGCAAAGGAAAGGAAGGAAGCCUGUGUGCACCUAGCUGGCCCAUCAGCCCGUGACACAACCUCUCCCAGUGGCCAGUUUGGGCGCCCUAGGACUAGCUACAGCGGGGCAUGGCAGACUGUGCACAGGGGCCAGAGUUGGUGUACCUGGUCACGGGUGGCUGCGGCUUCCUGGGGGAGCAUAUCGUCCGAAUGCUGCUGGAACGGGAGCCCAGGCUCCGGGAGCUGCGUGUCUUUGAUCUGCACCUGAGUCCCUGGCUGGAGGAGCUGAAAACAGGGCCUGUGCAAGUGACCGCUAUCCAGGGGGAUGUGACUCAGGCCCACGAGGUGGUAGCAGCCAUGGCUGGAUCUCAUGUGGUCAUCCACACAGCUGGGCUGGUGGAUGUGUUCGGCAAGGCCAGUCCAAAGAUCAUCCACAAAGUCAACGUGCAGGGCACACAGAAUGUGAUUGACGCUUGUGUGCAGACUGGAACUCAGUUCCUGGUCUACACAAGUAGCAUGGAAGUCGUGGGACCUAAUGCCAAGGGCCAACCCUUCUACAGGGGCAAUGAAGACACCCCAUAUGAGGCAGUCCACAAGCACCCCUACCCACGCAGCAAAGCCCUUGCUGAGCAGCUGGUCCUGGAGGCCAAUGGAAGGAAGGUCAACGGAGGGUUGCCCCUGGUGACAUGUGCCCUUCGACCCACGGGCAUCUAUGGUGAAGGUCAUCAGCUCAUGAAAGACUUCUACCACAAGGGCCAGCAAAUGGGGGGUCGGCUAUUUCGGGCCGUCCCAGCUUCUGUGGAGCACGGCCGAGUGUAUGUUGGCAAUGUGGCUUGGAUGCAUGUGCUGGUGGCCCGGGAGCUGGAGCGGCGGGCAGCGCUCAUGGGUGGCCAGGUGUAUUUCUGCUAUGAUAAGUCACCUUAUAAAAGCUAUGAGGACUUCAACAUGGAGCUCCUGGGUCCCUGUGGACUUCGGCUGAUAGGCAGCCACCCCCUGCUGCCCUACUGGCUGCUGAUGCUGCUGGCUGUCCUCAAUGCCCUGCUACAGUGGCUGCUUCGCCCCCUGGUGCUGUACACACCCAUGCUGAAUCCUUACACACUGGCUGUGGCCAACACCACCUUUACCGUCAGUACCAACAAGGCACAGCGCCAUUUUGGCUACAAGCCCCUCUUCUCAUGGGAAGAGAGCAGGGCCCGCACCAUUCACUGGGUACAGACCACGGAGGGUUCAGCCUGGUGAUGGCAGGGCCAGGGCCUGGAGGUCACUGUGGCACAUACUCCAGAUCCUGAGCCCUCGGAGCCGGGAGGGAGAGAAAUGGCCGCUGUUGGGAGCUGCCACACUAACUACACAGACCCUGAGCCUGGUUGGUAUCUCAGGCUCCAAGUUGUAGUACAGAGUUUGGGGAAAGGCCCAUCUUUGGUGCCAACUGAGGCCUGUCGGCUGGUUGGUAAAACUGAUUCCUGAGUGGUCUCACUACCCCUUUCCCAUUUCUGCUUUCACAAGCAAAAAGGGGCAAAGAUUCCAGAGAGCUCAUGCUGGUCUCUUCAGACCUGGCCCCUGCCUCACCGCCUCACCGGGCUCUCCUUAAGGGGUUAGGGUUUGAUCACUUUCUGAAGUGUAUUUCUUUUAGACAUUUACCUUUUAAUUUGCUUUAAAGAAAGCUGAAGAAAUAAAUGAUUUGUCCAUGUCUUGCCUCUCCUACCAAGUUCAGCUCCUGUGAUAGUGUUGGAGUCCUGCCUCAGGAGGCCACCAUGCUGUAUCUGGCCAAGCCUGGAUUAAAAUCAUUUUUCAA